AUGGAGAGAUAUAAUCAAAGAGUGAAUGACAUCACCAAUUUCACUCAAAUUGAGGGUGAAACCUUGUGCAUGACAUGGAAUAGAUUCAAGGAUUUGAUGAGGAAGUUCUCUCAUUAUAACUUGAUUGCUGGCGAUCAAGUCAGAAUAUUCUUCAAUGGCAGUACACCUGAGGAUAGAAUGGUUUUGAAUGGUGCAGCUGGUGGUACUAUUAAAACUAUGAGGGCGAAUGAGACUUUUGAGCUGAUAAAGAGGAUGGCCAGGAAUGAAAAUCAGGGAUUAUCAUCAAAGUCUAAGAAAGGUAGCCUUCAGCUGGGAGACAAUGAUUCUUUAUUGGCUGAAAACAAAUUGUUAUGUCAACAAGUGGCAAGUUUGUCUUCAAGGCUUGACAAGAUGCAAAUUGCUGGCAUUCAGGCUAAAUCCGUGGCCUUUGUUUGUGAUUAUUGCCAGGACAAUCAUGAACCUAAUGAAUGUCCUACUCUUACUUCUUCUGAUUCUCCUCAACAAAUGCAGGUGAAUGGUAUAUGGUAUGAUCAAAGGCCUCAGCAACCGACUUUUCAAAGAAACCAGAAUUUUUCUGGUGGUGGUGGUAGUAAUUUUCAGAGGAGAAGUCAAGGAGCUGGUAUGGAUUUCAAGCCCAACAAUUAUGCUCAGCCUUCACAAAGUCAACAAAGAGAGCCUGCUGAGUGGGAAAAAGCCUUUGCACAAAUGGCCAAGACUUUUAAUGAGAUAGCUCAGACCACUAAUGCUUUUAUGGAAGAAACUAGAGCUCAGAAUAAAAAUACAAAUGCUUCCAUAAAGAAUCUGGAGAAUCAAGUAGGCCAACUGGCAAAGAAGGUCUCAGAAAGAAUUCCAGGUACUUUUCCAAGUAAUACAGUUACUAAUCCAAGGGGAGAUUGUAUGUCCAUUAUUACUAGAAGUGGCAAGGUGGUAGCAUCUCCUAAAAAUCCAAAUAUAGAGUGUGAAGGAGAUGAAGAGAAACAUGAUGCGACAGUUGAAGCUGAAAAAGAAGUUGAGAUACCUGUGGAGACUGUGAAGCCAGCAGAGAAGGAGAACGUGAAGGCAAAAGAACAACAUGUAGUGGUUGAGAAAAAGCAUGAGUUGAGUCCUGAGUAUGUCAGGGCUAUGGCACCAUAUCCUGAGAGAUUCAAGAAAGAUGCUCAGAACAAGCAGUAUGGCAGAUUCUUGGAUAUCUUCAAAGAUCUGCACAUAAAUAUUCCUUUUGCAGAAGCAUUGGCGAGUAUGCCAAAUUAUGCCAAGUUCAUGAAGGAUCUCUUAUCAAGGAAACAUAAGCUGCAGGAAUGUCAAACUGUGACACUUACUGAGAAGUGCAGUGCAUUUAUUCAACAGAAGAUUCCUCCAAAGCUUAGUGAUCCAGGAAGUUUCAAUAUCCCCAUCGCCAUUGGUAAUAUUGGUAUUGGCAGGGCUUUGUGUGAUCUUGGGGAAAGUAUCAAUCUGAUGCCUCUCUGUUUACAAAUCUUUGGGGAUCAAGGAAUUGAAGUCUACGGAGGUCUCUCUCCAACUUGCUGA